AUGCACCACCGGUUCGCUGCCUCGCCGCCGGUCCGCCGGGGGUUGUCGCGGGCCAAGGCGGCCACCGCUCCGCGACGGCAUUGGAGCUCCGGGCCCGUGUCCCGGGCGAGGACGGCCAUUUUCUUUCCAGGUCAGGGCGUCCAAAAAGUCGGCAUGCUCACGCCGUGGAUCGAGGCCUUUCCCGCGACCACGGCCCGGAUCAUGGAGGAAAUGGACCACUACGCGGGCUUCAAGCUCUCCGACGUGAUCCAAAAUGGGCCCUCCAAGGUGCUCACGCAAACGACCAACUCACAACCCGCCAUCAUGGCCACGUCCAUCAUCAUCCUGCGCAUCCUCGAACAAGAAUACAACUUUCGCGUCGCGGAUCACUUUGACGUCGCCCUCGGCCACUCCCUCGGCGAGUUUGCCGCCCUCGUCGCCGGCGGCUACCUCAGCUUCCCCGACGCCCUGUACCUGGUGCGCGAGCGCGCCGCCGCCAUGUCGCGGGCGACGCAGCAGGCUGUCGCCGAGUACGGCGGCGAGUACGGCAUGGUGGCCAUGAUCACCGAGCCGGGCCACCUCCCCGGGCUCAUUGACGCCGUGCACGACUUCGUCGGGCACUCGAGUGCGUACGGCGCCGAGCCCGCGGGCGGGGCGCGCGGCAGCAGCAGCAGUAGCCGUAGUAGCGGCGAGCUCGACGUGCCGCCGAUCGAGCAGGUGCUCAUCGCCAACAUCAACAGCAAGAACCAGAUUGUGCUCAGCGGCAGCAUCGAGCGCAUCCGCACCCUGCUCGCGCACGUGCGCCAGUUCCACGGCCACGACCCGCGCGCCGUCCGGCUCGCCAGCGACAGCCCCUUCCACAGCCCGCUCAUGAAGCCCGCCGUCAGCGUCAUGCGCCGGCUGCUGCACGGCCGCAGCCGCGUCCCCGGCCGCGAGCACGAGGAUAUUGUCACCUGGCCCGGCGCCGUCGAGGCCAUCAGCAACGUCACCGCCCGCCCGUUUCGCAGCAAGGAGGAGCUCAAGGAGCUGCUCGCCCGCGGCUGCCUCGAGACCGUCCGCUGGUGGGACAGCAUCCGCUACCUGGACAAGCAGGAGAAGGUUCGCCGCUGGGUCGGCAUCGGACCCGGCAAGGUCGGCCGCAACCUGGUCGGCAAGGAGGUCGGCAUGCGCGGCAAGGACAUGGUCAAGGGCGGCGGCGUCUGGGCCAUUACCGACCCGCUCGAGGUCGAGGAGGUCAUUCGCGGACUCGAGGAGACGGCGCACAUCAUGGACGACGAGGAGUGGGAAGACGAUGGCUGA